AUGAAUAAAAUACAAAACUUGUCUUAUUAAAAUUAACCUUACUCUUAUUCCUCUGUUAAUAAGUUAGGGAAAUUUUUCUUUACUUGGUGCUAUCCCAUCUUGAACGUAAGUUUUAAGAUUAAUAGAUAAUAGAAAGGAAGAAUAAAUCCAUUACUAUAGAGUGAUUUAUCAUAAAUUGCUUCUGAGGAUUCCUCCAAUACAAGUUACUUGAUUUACCAGAACUAAUUCGAUAAUGGAAAAAGAGGAGCAAAUUCUCUGAUUGGAGAUCUAGCUAGGUCAUUUUAAAGUAUAUAACUUGAGUAAAGAGAUUAGGAUAAAUGAUUAUAACUUUCGUUGCGUACUUUAUUGUAGCUAUCCUAACUGCUGUAUAACCAUACAUUUCAAAUAUUGGAUAGAGUUACUUUAUUUAUGAUAAAGACGAUGAAAAACCAUCUGGAGGAAGUAUGGGAAUGUUUGUUAGUUUACAAUUAAUCUAUUUGCUAGCCAUUACAUUAAUCAAACCUUAUCAAAUGUUUGAAUAAGUAAUCCACUUUAUAUUGUUAGACCAUACUAAGUGUUAAGAUUCAGGGAGCGUUACAAUAUAGAGUUAUGCAGAAAUCAUUAACUUUUGCAAUGUCUCUAUCUAAACACUAUUCUUUUGGUGAACUCCUUACUAUUCUAUAAGUAGAUAUCAUCUAAGCUUCCAAUUAUUAUAUUUAUCUAUUCAGUUUAUGGACUUGUAUUCCUUAAUUGAUUGUUGGUGGAAUAAUCUUCUAUGUUACUCUUGAAGAAAACAGUUUAGUUCCAGCUAUUGGAGCUAUUGUACAAGUAUUAUUUGGAUUGAUAUUUGGCCAUUAUUAUGGAGUCAUAUAAAAAAAGUUUAUGGAAGCAAAAGAUUAGCGUAUAAAAAUAGUAGAUGAAUCAUUAUUGUAUGCUAAACAAAUCAAAUUAAAUUGUCUUGAAGAUUUCUUUGAGAAAAGAGUAAUUUCAUAUAUUUCUAUAUAGAUACAAGAAUAAAGGAAAAUAGAACUUAAAUAUUUAAGAUACUAAGUCUGGAUGGUUAUUGCUAUUAAGUUAGUAAUGCUUAUCAUUAUGGUUUUAAGUUGGGAAAUUGCUUUUGUUGUUGCCUCGAAACUUAAUUUUAAAAUCAUAAGCACUAUGAUUCAAAAUUAUACAAGCAUUGUUAUGACUUUAGAUUCAUUACCAAGUAUUCAUAUAUAAAAUUAUUAUUAGCACUUUUUAAGAAUUAUUAGAUGUCUUUUAAUUCUUUGAAUAGAAUUGAAACAUUUUUUAAAGAUAAGGAUGUUUAAAUUCAUAAAUAAUAAAAUAAUUAUAGCAUUGAAUUUAGUAAUGUGAAAGCCUGUUGGAAGAAGUAAUAGAAUCAAGAUACCAUUUAUGAUCUAGAUUAAUCAUAAACAGCUAUGUUAUAAAGAUAAGAUGAUAAAACACAAUUCACUGCUGAAAUUACUAUGAAGGUUGUGCCUGGAUAAUUUAUAGCUAUUGUGGGUAGUUCAGGAUGUGGUAAAUCUACAAUUUUACGAUCUUUAUUGGGAGAAACAUAUGUUGAUACAGGAUCUAUUGCAUAUAAUGGAUUAAUUAGCGUAGCAUCUUAAGAACCUUGGAUUAUUAAUGAUAGCAUUAAAAAUAAUAUCACUUUUAUGGACAAUUUCAAUUAAGAAAAAUAUCAAUAAGUGAUUGAAUGUUGCUGCUUGUAAUAAGAUAUUGAUGGAUUUAAAUACAAAGAUAAUACUAUUUUAAUUGAAAAAGGUGACAACUUAUCAGGGGGACAAUAAAAAAGAAUCAAUUUAGCUAGAGCAGUAUAUAAGGAUGCUGAUAUAUAUUUAUUUGACGAUCCAUUAAGUGCUUUGGAUAUUAAAGUGAAAUAUGAAAUUUAAUAAAAAUGUUUUGAAGGUUAUUUAAAAUAAAAAACAAGAAUUCUAUUUACAAACUCUUUAGCUAAUCUAUAGAAUUGUGAUAUGAUUUAUAUUUAUGAUGAUGGUAAGUUGAUAAAUUCUGGAACUUUUGCAGAAUUAAAAAACAUAAAGCAAUCUCAAAUAAUAAUAAAUACAUAAGAAAAUAGAGAGCUUCUUGAUAAGUAAUUUGAAGAUAAAGUAUAUUAAGCACCUAAGAGUUAAAUAGAAACAUAAGCAACUUUAAUUCAAGAAGAGGAUAGGAAGUAAGGUAAUGUAGACUCAAAAAUAAUGAAAUAAAUCUUUGUUUUUUAAGGUAAAUGGUUAAUGUUUGUCAUCAUAAUCUUAUAUUUAGGAAUAGUAAUGGCAUGUCAAUUAUAUGGGAAUUAAAAGAUGGCCGAUGAUACUAUGUAUUAAUAAUUUAUAAUAAAAUAGACCAGAUGAUGAAUACAAAGAACUUGCCAUUAUUUAUUAUCCUAUUAUAUAAGUUCCAGUUGUUAUAGCAGGCAUAAUAAUAAUUUUGUAUUUUCUAUUCAGAGGACUCAGCACUUCUGAAUAAAUCCAUGAAGAUGUUAUUAAGAGUUUAUUAAAAGCAUCAUUUACUAAAUUUUACAAUACAAUUUUAAUAGGAAGAUUAAUAAACAGAUUAGGCAAAGAUAUUACAAAUAUAGAUUAUAUGUUUCCAAAUGAGAUUUACAACCUCAUAUUUAAUAUCAUAUCCUUACUUUUGCCUUUGGUAGCAAGCUUUAUUUAUUUAAAUCCUGUUGCUUUACCAGUUUUAAUUGUUUUCUUCUUAAUUCUAAUAGUGGUGACCAUUAUUUAUUAUAGAUCACUUAGAGAAAUAAGUAGAAUGGAAGCUAUUUCUAAAAGUCCAAUAGUUUCUUUUUAUUAAUAAAUAUUACGUGGGAUGCUAUAUGUUAGAACGUGUCUACCAUAAUAGGAAGUCAUUAAUCGUCAUUUACAAAAUGUUGAUUUAGAUCUAGGAAAUCAGAUCAAUUUAAAUGGAUUAUAAUAAUGGUAUUAAUCUAUAGCAGGAACUAUUACUAAUAUAUUCUAAACUCUCUUAUUUGUUGUUUGUGUAAUUAUUUUAAAUAAUAAUAAAUUAGUUUUAUGCAGAAGGAUCAACUCCAUUUAUGACUUACUUAAUAUUGUUAUAAAUGUAAAGUGUUUCACUAUUAUUAUUAUUGGUGGCUGUUUCAUAUGGUAAUAUUCUAAUAUACUGUGUCUCAUUUGAAAGAUGUUUACAUUUAGCAAAGUAAUUUUAUUUCUUAUAUUAAGUUAAAUUCCUUUAGAGGAGGAUGAUAUAUCUGAUUAAAUUCAAGAAGAAUAGUAUAAUUCAAAUCAUUUGAUAGAAUUAUAGAACUGUAAUUUUUAAUAUAGGCCAAGAACCAAAUAAGUUUUAAAAUAAUUAUCAUUAUAAGUAAAUCCUUCAGAAAAAGUAAUUCUUUUUUCGAUAUAUAAUUAGAUUGGUAUUGUAGGAAGAACAGGAGCAGGUAAAAGUUCAAUAAUUAUGGCAUUAACAUAGAUGUUAGAAUGCACAGAUGGUAAAUUCUAUGUUGAAGGAUAAAGUGUUCGAUAAUUAAAAUUAAAAGAAUUACGCUAAAAAUUCAGUGUAAUUCCAUAAGAGCCUCUUAUUUUUAUGGGAACUCUUUAACAAAAUCUUGAUCCUCUUAAUUUAUAUGAUAUAAAAUAGAUAGAGCAAGCUGCUUAAAUAUGUUAAUUAUUUAAAUUAGAUGGACUUAAAAAAAAAGGAUUGAAGAGUGAAAUUUAAGUAUAUGGAUAGAAUUUGAGUGUUGGUGAAAAAUAACUCAUCACGUUGAGUCGAUGUCUUUUAAAUAAACGGAAUAUUGUUUUAGUAGAUGAAGCUACAGCAAACAUAGACAGUUAAACUGAGGAAAUGAUUAAAGAUGUAAAUAUUUAAUUGUUUAUUAUAGAUAUUUGAGAAACACUUUACUGAAUCUGCAAUGAUUAUGAUUGCUCAUAAAAUAACAACUAUAAUGAAUUGUCACAAAAUAAUAGUUUUAUCAGAUGGAUGUGUUACAGAAUGUGAUACUCCUGGUAACCUUUUACUCAACCCAAAUAGUGAAUUUAAGAAGAUAGUGGAUUUGAUCAAAUAGUCAGAGUAACUAUGAUAUAUUC